AUGUCUUGUGUCUACCUUCAUGUUUUUUGCCCAAAACUGGUGUUUUUGGAGUAUGCAGGUCACUCGGCGGAUGAACUUUUAAUUGAAAACCUAGACUCCUUGAAAAAAGCUGUGAUUUACCCUGAUAGUAGGGCACAUAAAGAGAUAACAUUUGAAUCAUAUGGUGCCAACACAUGUCAGUUGUUUGCAGGAGUUUCUCAUGUGGAAUCUUUGUCUCUCAACCUUUUUUUCAUUCAGGCCAUUAGUACUGCACGUGAUCCUAAUGGAGUUUUCGCGAAGUCUCUUCCCAAUCUGAAGACGUUAGAGAUAUCCACAACAAUUGAUGACUACACCAUGAAUGUAGUCAUCCGGAUCCUCAGAUGUUCUCCCAUUCUGGAGUCUUUCCAUUUGAUUAUUGAAGAGGUACAAUUUUUUUUUCUCAUCCCAUUCCUAUAUAAUAAUACUAUUUGUGUAUCAUUACGGUGA